AUGUGGCUGGGCCCCGAGGAAGUGCUGGUGGCCAACGCGCUGUGGGUGACAGAACGGGCCAACCCCUUCUUCGUGCUGCAGCGGCGCCGGGGCCACGGCCGGGGCGGCGGCCUCACGGGUCUUCUUGUGGGCACCCUGGACGUGGUAUUGGACUCCAGCGCCCGCGUGGCCCCCUAUCGAAUCCUGCACCAGACCCAGGACUCACAGGUCUACUGGACAGUGGCGUGCGGUUCUUCGCGCAAAGAGAUAACAAAACACUGGGAAUGGCUGGAAAACAACUUACUCCAGACGCUGUCCAUCUUCGACAAUGAGGAAGAUAUCACCACUUUCGUCAAGGGCAAGAUACACGGCAUCAUAGCUGAAGAGAACAAGAACCUGCAGCCCCAGGGAGAUGAGGACCCCGGGAAGUUCAAGGAAGCUGAGCUGAAGAUGCGGAAGCAGUUCGGGAUGCCCGAGGGGGAGAAGCUGGUCAACUACUACUCCUGCAGCUACUGGAAGGGCCGUGUGCCCAGGCAGGGCUGGCUCUACCUGACUGUCAAUCACCUGUGCUUCUACUCCUUCCUGCUGGGCAAGGAAGUGAGCCUCGUGGUGCAGUGGGUGGAUGUCACCAGACUCGAGAAGAAUGCCACCCUGCUCUUCCCCGAGAGCAUUCGUGUGGACACCCGAGACCAGGAGCUCUUCUUCUCCAUGUUCCUCAACAUUGGCGAGACCUUCAAGCUCAUGGAGCAGCUGGCCAACCUGGCCAUGAGGCAGCUGCUGGACAACGAGGGCUUCCUGGAGGACAAGGCGCCGCCCAGGCCUGCCCAGCCGCAUAGGAACAUCUCCGCUCUGAAGCGAGACCUAGACGCACGAGCCAAGAACGAGUACUACCGGGCCAUGUUCCGGCUGCCCAGGGACGAGCGCCUGGACGGCCACACAAGCUGCACCCUGUGGACCCCGUUCAACAAGCUGCACAGCCCCGGCCAGAUGUUCAUCUCCAGCAACUACAUCUGCUUUGCCAGCAAGGAGGAGGACGGCUGCCACCUCAUCAUACCCCUGCGGGAGGUGACAAUUGUCGAAAAAGCCGACAGUUCCAGUGUCCUGCCCAGUCCUUUGUCUAUUAGCACCAAGAACAAAAUGACCUUCCUGUUUGCCAACCUUAGAGACCGCGAUUUCUUGGUUGAGAGGAUUGCUGACUUCCUCCUGAAAACAUCAUCUAAGCAGCCAGGUGACAGCAGCGCAGGAAGGAAAGCCAGUGUCCUGGACCCAACCCCAGAGCCUUCCCCAGCUCCUCAGGAGGCAUCAGAGCAGCCCGCCAGCCCCACCGCAUCCUCCGGGGGCUGCCAGAGCUCCCUCUUGCAGGAGGCGCCCACUGCUUCCCAGGGCCUGCUCAAACUCUUCCAGAGGAAUGCGCCAGUGGAGGACCUGGGGGCCAAAGGGGCCAAGGAGAAGAUGAAGGAGGAGUCCUGGAACAUCCACUUCUCUGAGUACGGGCGCGGCGUGUGCAUGUACCGCACGGCCAAGACACGGGAGCUGGUGCUGAAGGGCAUUCCCGAGGGCCUCCGUGGGGAGCUCUGGCUGCUCUUCUCCGGGGCCUGGAAUGAGAUGGUGACUCAUCCUGGCUACUACUCUGAGCUGGUGGAGAAGUCCACGGGGAGGUACAGCCUGGCCACGGAGGAGAUUGAGCGAGACCUGCACCGCUCCAUGCCCGAGCACCCUGCCUUCCAGAACGAGCUCGGGAUCGCUGCACUGCGGCGGGUGCUGACCGCCUACGCUUUCCGAAACCCCACCAUCGGCUACUGCCAGGCCAUGAACAUCGUCACCUCAGUGCUCCUGCUCUACGGCAGCGAGGAGGAGGCCUUCUGGCUGCUGGUGGCCCUCUGCGAGCGAAUGCUGCCCGACUACUACAACACCAGGGUGGUGGGGGCCCUGGUGGACCAAGGCAUCUUCGAAGAGCUCGCCAGAGACUUCCUGCCCCAGCUCUCUGAGAAAAUGCAAGACCUAGGGGUAAUCGCCAGCAUCUCGCUCUCCUGGUUCCUCACCCUCUUCCUCAGCGUUAUGCCCUUCGAGAGCGCCGUGGUCAUUGUCGACUGCUUCUUCUACGAGGGCAUCAAGGUGGUCCUGCAGCUGGCCUUGGCCAUCCUGGAUGCCAACGUGGACCAGCUGCUGGUCUGCAGCGAUGAAGGCGAGGCCAUGACCAUCCUGGGCAGAUACCUGGAUAAUGUGGUCAAUAAGCAGAGUGUUUCUCCGCCCAUCCCACACCUGCACGCCCUGCUGACCAGUGGAGAUGACCCUCCUGAAGAGGUGGACAUCUUUGACCUCCUCAAAGUGUCCUAUGAGAAGUUCGGCAGCCUGCGGGCCGGCGACAUCGAACAGAUGAGGUUUAAACAGAGGCUGAAAGUGAUCCAGUCCUUGGAGGACACGGCCAAGAGGAGUGUGGUCCGGGCUAUCCCUGGGGACAUCGGUUUCUCAGUUGAAGAGCUGGAGGACCUGUACGUGGUGUUUAAGGCCAAGCACCUGGCGAGCCAGUACUGGGGCAGCAGCAGGCCCACCGCUGUGCGCCGGGACCCCAGCCUGCCCUACCUGGAGCAGUACCGCAUCGACGCUGGCCAGUUCCAGGAACUCUUUGCCAGCCUGACGCCCUGGGCCUGUGGCGCCCACACGCCCGUGCUGGCGGGGCGCAUGUUCCGGCUCCUGGACCGAAACAAGGACUCGCUGAUCAACUUCAAGGAAUUCGUGACGGGGAUGAGCGAGAUGUACCACGGGGACCUGACAGACAAGCUCAAGGUGCUCUACAAGCUGCACUUGCCCCCAGCCCUGAACCCAGAGGAGGCCGAGUCCGCCCUGGAAGCAGCCCACUAUUUCACCGAGGACAGCUCCUCGGAAGCAUCUCCUCUGGCCUCAGCUCUGGAUCUUUACCUGCCCUGGGAGGCUCAAGAAGCUCUGCGGCAGGAGGAGGGAGAGGGAGCUGGGAAUGAGGACGUCCAGGGAAAGAGAGGAGAGGAGAAGGGGACCAGCCCCCCUGACUACCGGCACUACCUUCAGAUGUGGGCCAAGGAGAAGGAGGCUCAGAAGGAGACCAUUAAGGACCUUCCCAAGAUGAACCAGGAACAGUUCAUCGAGCUGUGCAAGACGCUGUACAACAUGUUCAGUGAAGACUCCAUGGAGCAGGACUUGUACCACGCCAUCGCCACCGUGGCCAGCCUGCUGCUGCGCAUUGGGGAGGUGGGGAAGAGGUUCUCGGCGCAGCCCGGCAGGAAGCCCCGGGACGGUGCCCCCGGGGAGGACCAGCCCCCCGCCCCCGACCCCCCGCCGGACCCUGCCCGGGAGCUCCAGCCACCAGCUGUGGGCGACCCCCAGGCCAAGGCUGGUGGAGACACCCAGCUUGGGAUGGCACCGCAGGAGAGCCAGGCGGUGGGCGAAGGGGGCGGUGGCGAGGGCCUGGGCUCCCCCUCCCAGCGUCUGUCCGAUGACGAAACCAAAGACGACAUGUCCGUGUCCUCCUACUCGGUGGUCAGCACAGGCUCCCUGCAGUGUGAGGACCUGGCCGACGACACUGUGCUGGUGGGCGGGGGGGCCCGCAGCCCCGUGGCCCCCAGCCGCAGCGGGGGCUCCGUCGACGCCGACUGGAGCAUCUCCUUCGAGCAGAUCCUGGCCUCCGUCCUGACGGAGUCUGUGCUGGUGAACUUCUUUGAGAAGAAGAUGGACAUUGGACUCAAGAUCAAGGACCAAAGGAAAGUGGAGAGGCAGUUCAGCUCCUCCAGUGACCAUGAGCAUUCUGGGGUUUCCAGCUGA